GUGACAAAUUCUUUUAUUUGGAUUCGACUUGGAGCGGUGCCAAUAUGGGACCUAACCAUUACCGCAACAUGUUUGGACAGUUCUACGUUUUACUCUGGAAGAACAUUCUGCUUGAGAUCCGGAACUGGCCGAGCUUGUCCAUCAGCGCCAUCUUCUCCUACGUCGUCGUCAUCUUCCUCAUUCGCUACCUAGACAUCACCGACAGGACGCUAGGGGACAGCCGGCACGGCAACGACACCCGGAGCCUCGCGCCCACCCCGGUGGACAUUCACCUCAGGUCAAAAGCCUACCCCCCGUAUUCGAACAUUUUCAUCGCCUACGCGCCAUCUUGUCCGGCCACGGACGAACUGAUGGCUCAGGUGAAAAGGAUGCUCAUCCGUAACGGCCUGCCGCCCAAUGUGUAUGACAUUACGUUGUUAAAUUUUUAUUCCGAGUUCGAGAUGGUGGAGUUCGCCACCGACAACCCCGAUCAGGUCACCCACGCGUACGCGUUUGAUGACGUCAUUUACAACUCGACUGAGCUCCCCAAGCGGCUGACGGUCAUCAUGCGCCCCACACACAGCCCGCUGGAUUGGAUGGGCAUGCAGGAUCCAGGCUUUGAUUCCUCCGGUGAAGUGUACCUGAUCAAACUGAUCAUGGAGGCCUACAUCAACAACUGUACCGGGAUAGAGAAUGAUAUCACAAUCCUCACACAGAUGUACCCCGAGAACCCGCCCAGUGACGACCCCUUCCUGACCAUGUCCCGCUGCUACAGAAUCACAACAUUCAUGAUCCUAGUCAGCGCCAUCUCAGUGGCUCGAUGUGUGUACCUUCUGGCCAAGGAGAGAGAAAAAUGCAUUCUGACAGAUAUCUAG